GCAACUCAAUGGAUGCAAAACACCAUUAAACUCUUAAGAAGAAGAAUAAGCUCCACCCCCCAAUGUCCGCCACCUUUUACCUGCAUUCACUGUAGUCUUUCUGCUCACCUGAAGACUGAAACGAUACCCUGCGGACAAAAUGCUCUCCCGGAUGCUAGCUCAUUUUGUCAACAAUCUUCGCGUGGUUGAGAAGUUGGCGGAGUCUCGUCCGAUUCGCAGGGCAGCUCAGAUCACAGCUUACGCCAUAACCAAGGCUCAGAUCGUGGGCAGGGACACUUCGGAGCGGGUCAUGCGGUCCCAGACCCUACGGCAGGUCCGAGCGGAGGCCGGUAAAGUCCCCGAUGACCUGCAGGAGGUCAGCAGCCGCUUCAGGAAAGUCCGAGAGACUUUUGUUAAGGAAUUGAAGGAGGGAUGGAAGGAUGGCUCCAGGCAGAUCAAGAAAUAACGAGGAACGGCUGCUUCUAUGUUAUUAAAGUGACUUUGCACAAAAUGUAGCCUUUGUUUUGGGCUAGGACAGCAAAAUGUAAUGGGAAUUAAGUUUCUGCUUGAGGAAAUGCUGCACAAAACAGCCAUCAAGUCACUGGUUUAACUGCGCCAUGCACUUAUGGCAUCAUUAUUGUGUGACGACUGUGAUAAAGGAGUCAGGUUCACAGCUUUCACUGGUCUGAGAAGAUUUAUGGUGUGGAAAAACUGACCAUUUUCAAAAUACUUUAUUUCAUAGUACAAUGAACAUUAGAUGACACCAAUUUAGCCAAAUUAUAGCUCUUAUAAAAUGUAUUUUAUUGGUACAACACAUGACAUAAUACAAAAACAUUGUAAUCAUUGUAUUUAUUGCCAUGACUUCACAUCUUUGUAAAUAAAGCAUGAAUGCACAUGUUUCAAUGUAUCAAUAAAAAUGUUAUUUUAAAAUACA